CAGAAAGCAUCAUGGGCUGGUCCCUCACUGUUCCCAGGGUAGCCCCGCGGGCCGGAUCUGGCUCGCGGGCUUUGAGUUUGACACCGCUGUCUUAUAUUAUACUGCAAUAUGCUGGCUGGGGAAUUCCGGGAGUUCACACAUCUUAAUGUUGUCAUGUUUGAGAAACACCGCUAUACGGUCUAUUUGCAUUUUACAAGGUAUGUAAUAUUGUGCAGGAUAUUGUACAUCAGGCUUCAAGCUGUAGCUUGUUGAAUGAAACAAGAAAAAUCUGGUUGUAGUGAGAUAUUUUUUUUUCAUAACAGUUUUUACAAAGUGUAAAAAGGAAGAGAGGAAGAGUAAAACUUUGGCCUGGUGACUGACCGACGUUGGAACUUGCAUCAUUAUACUGGGACACAUUUCUCUUCCUUUCUUCCUGCCGGCUGUGUCCAAAAUGUCUUCGGAGUCAACUUCAGCCCACCAACGGUCUCCACCUCCCAGGGCUCUCCAUCUGCCAGAAGGCCGCCGGACCAGAGACCGCUCUCCUUCCCCCAUGAGAGGUUACCUGAUCCCAAGCCCACUUCCGACUCGGAGGAACCGCACAUUUUCAGCGACAACACGAGCCGCUGAAGGGCCCACCUACAGUGGGGUGUGUAAAUGCUUCUGCCGAUCCAAGGGCCACGGCUUCAUCACACCUGCUGACGGAGGCCCAGAGAUCUUCGUCCAUAUUUCUGACAUUGAAGGAGAGUAUGUUCCGGUAGCUGGUGAUGAGGUCACCUACAAGGUGUGCACCAUUCCACCAAAGAACGAGAAACUUCAAGCUGUAGAGGUCAACAUCACCCACCUAGCUCCGGGCACGAAACAUGAGACGUGGUCAGGACACGUGGUCAACUCCUAGAGGGAGUUCUGAAGCCAUGUUGAUUGAAGAGGACUAUUGGAUUGUGUUCAACAACUUAGAGUAGCCAAGCCCGAUGAGUUUUCUGCAGAUUGUGUAAUUGAAAGCAGGGUUCCAAAGGUAGCCAGAUUAAACCCUUUUUUAAUAAAAUAAAAAGAAAUAGCACCAUGAUUUUCAAAGUAUAUAAAUUAAAAAGUGGAAAAAGUCAGUAGUGUUUGGGCUGGCAGGAAAGCAAAUGUUUAGCUUUUGCUUUACAAUUUGAAUGUGUGUGUGUUUUUUUUUUUCCCCAUUGAGCAGGAUACCCAAAAGAUCUUAGAAAGAUCUCAUCUGAAGAGGAGAAGUUGGAACCGAUCCAUAUGUUCAAAAGAUGAUCCCUCUGGGUGGUCCUUCCUCAAUCUGAUACCUUUCAAAACGCAAACUUCCCACUCAGCAGGCCAGGCUGGCUGUGCAGCGUAGUGGUUGAAGUCCCAACACAUCUGAAUAGAUCAGAUUGAAGAAGGCUAAGGUCAAGAGGUUUCCUGCUUUGGUGGUAGUUUAGGAGCAAACAAUGUAAGAGAAUGCUUCUUCGCUUUAUAGCAGAAAAUUACUGAUUUUACUGGUUUUUUUCUUUCUUUUUGGAUUAGGGAAACCAAGGUUAAUAGCUUGAGGAAAUACCUACAAAGGGUUUGUGUUCCUAUAAUUUGAUGUUCUUGAAUAUUUUAGGACAGCUAAAAAAGCAACCAAAAGCUGCCUUUUUGCCAUGCAAACUUUUUUUCACCUAGUGUUUUGGUUGAAUGUGUGUUAGUUCCUUUUAUUUUUAUUUUUAUCAAAAAUAUACACAUCAGCUUUUCUGGCAGCGGCUUGCUACAUGUACCCCCCCCCCCACACACCCUUACCUGAUUCAAACUUUGAAAUCAUUUUUUUGGCUUCUUCAGGUGACAAUCUCUGCUAUCACAGCUGUUGUGUGCAUGCACAUAUUUAAAGGUUUGAGGUUUGCAGUUUGUAGUUCAUCUUCGUUUCAAAACGCCUUUUCUCUUUGUCCAGCGGGAAAAUAAAAAAAAGGCCUGAACAGUAUUUAACUUUUAGGAGGGUGUGGAGGAAAAUGAGAUGUUUGGAAUGAGUUCCCUUUGGGGUAGGAAUUGUAUGGAAGUAUUAACAGUCACUGACCAAUGAGAGAUAAAAUAUUACAAAUAAAAUACUUGCAGUUUGAGGAAA